AUGUACAUUUGUAAUGUUUUGGAGGAAAAAUCUUUGAUAAUCUUCUCAAGCUUGUCAGUUGUUUGCGUUUUGAAUAUGAAUAACUCUAUCAGAAUAUAUUUGUUCCACUACUUCUUAGGUGGAGGCAAGGUGGUGUUCUUGCAGCAUGGACUUCUGGAUUCCUCUCACACGUGGAUCAACAACUUGCGAAAUCAAAGUCUUGCGUUUAUUUUGGCCGAUGCGGGCUUUGAUGUCUGGUUAGGCAACAGCAGAGGAAGUACCUACUCGCGACGCCAUCGAAAGCUAAGUCCCGAUCAGCUUGAAUUCUGGGAUUUCUCUUGGGAUGACAUGGCAGAUUUCGAUCUCCCAACCGCUCUGUAUUACGUUCUGAAUCGAACGAAAGUACAAACCCUUGGAUACGUUGGCCAUUCUCAGGGAUGUCAAAUCGCACUGGCUCACUUCGGUCAAAACCCCGACUUGCAAUCUCGUAUCAAUGUUUUUAUCGCUCUGGCACCAGCCGCAUACCUCGGUCACAUGACGAGCCCAGUGCGCAUUAUUGCACACUAUGCUCGGACACUGGAGAAUGUUUGGGAUUUAUUCGGACAUGGUGAAUUUUUACCAUCAACCGCUCUGAUUCGCUUCUUGGGCGAUAUCCUUUGUCGCUACGAUCGUGUUCCGUCCGUUUUAAUCUCGUUUUCUUUGCAUUCACAGACUCGGCUUCCAGUCUAUUUGUCCCAUACUCCGGCGGGUACAUCCGUUCGAAAUAUUGUGCAUUAUUGUCAGGCUAUGAUCUCCGAUAAUUUUCAGCGCUUCGACUAUGGUGAAGCCAAGAACAUGAAAAAAUACGGUCAGAGUACGCCACCUGAGUAUAAACUAUCCACAUUGACCAUGCCCAUAGUGUUGUACAACGGUGGAAACGAUUGGCUGGCGGUUGUAACAGACAUAACAAAACUCUUGAGUCAGAUUGAAAAAAAUGUGAUAGAGCACUAUUUUUUACCUAGUUACAAUCAUCUCGAUUUUGUAUGGGGCAUGGAUGCUUUGGUUUCAUUAUAUCUCGAUUUGUGCAAACCGGAUUAUCUCUCCGAAUACAUCGAACCAGAUUUCUUAGUUUGCGUUCACGGGCUGUUUUUCCGGCGUCUUUCGAUUACAGAAACGGUGUGGCUAUCAAAAACUAAAAAAAUAAUAAACUGUUUUUAA